AUGGGGGAGGAACUCGGUUGGCGACACGGUGAUGCCGAUGGUGGACGACCGACGCAUCUGAAGUAUACGACGGUGACGGGAUUCUUCCUCCAGGAUGACCCGACGACGGACCCGUCCACGUUCGACUACACGAAGGUUAACCUGGGGUUGAUCAACCGCACCUAUCCUACCGACGAGCUAUUUGAUCCCCACGGUCGGAGGAUGCAAUGGGAGCGAUUCGCAUACUACGUGGACAGCCUCAAUCGCGAGUGUGGAGGUGGGGUGGCAUAUAAAGUGCUGAUCAUAGGACGGCAUGGGGAAGGCUAUCACAACGUUGCGGAGGCGCAUUACGGUACCGAAGCCUGGGACUGCUACUGGUCCCUCCUUGACGGCGACGGCACGCUCGUCUGGGAUGACGCGGAGCUCACCCCCAUCGGCCGCGACCAAGCGCAGAUCGCGCACGACUUCUGGUCGACCGCGCUGACUGUCGCGAAGAUCCCGGCGCCGGAGAGCUAUUAUUCCAGCCCCUUGCAGCGAUGCAUCCAGACAGCGAACGUCACCUUCGACGGGCUCGACCUACCGGCGACCCGACCGUUCAAACCCGUGGUCAAAGAGCUCCUCCGUGAAUCAAUCGGCGUGCACACCUGCGACCGCCGCCACCCGAAAUCGUGGAUCUCCGCAAACUACCCCUCGGUGUCCUUCGAGUCUGACUUCCCGGAUCUCGAUCCGCUAUGGAAGGCCGACGAGCGGGAGACGUUCAGCGCGCGGGUGGUGCGGAUGGCGGAGCUACUAGAUGAGGUGUUCGAGGGCGAUGGGAACACGUGGAUCUCGUUUAGUAGCCACUCGGGGGCGAUUGGGGCGACGUUGGAGGCGCUGGGACAUCGGGGGUUUGGGUUGACAACCGGCGGGGUGAUUCCGGUGUUGGUUAGGGCGGAGGUCAUGAGGGGAGAGAGGAGGGGGAGGGGGGAGGCGCCGACAAGGCCGCCGGAGUGUACGGUGAAUCCGGGUCGGAUGGCGAAGGUGUGA